UAUUUUUACUUAACACAUUUCGACAACAUUGCUGGUUAUAGUGCUUCUUAACAUUCAAUAGUAAAAAUGUGGUUAUUCAAACGAUGAGCAAUUAAAAAGUUUACCACACCAUGGAGUCAUGGUGUAAGGAAUGUCUUUUUGUUUGGUCACCAAAGCAAUGACUGACCAAUUUAUAAGCAAUUCACAAAAGAUUUAAACCCAAUUCCAAGUGAACGUUUUAACUAUAACUUUGUACUGAGAGGAUUUGUUUGGGAUAACUAAUAUGGUAAAUCUUACACCUCCAGCUCAGUGAGUAAACCCAUGAUAAUGGAGCUUCAAAUGGAUAGAAGAUUCCACAACUUGACCCUGGAGCAAGUCCAAACUCUGGACCAAGUUUUAACUGAGGUGAUCCCCAUUCAGGGCAGAGGGAAUUUCCCUACCCUGGAGGUGAGACCAAAGGACAUCAUCCAUGUGGUGAAGGACCGGCUGGUGGAGAGGGAGAUUAGGGUCAGGGACAUCCGCCUCAACGGCUCCACCGCCAGCCAUGUGAUGGUCAGGGACAACGGCACAGGCUACAGAGACCUGGACAUCAUAUUUGGAGUAGAGCUGCCCAGACAGGAGGACUUUCAGGUCAUCAAGGAGGUGGUGCUGGGCAGCCUGCGUGACCUCCUUCCCCAUGGGGUUAACAGGCGCAAGAUCACCUGCCUCACCAUGAAAGAGGCCUACGUGCAGAAGAUGGUUAAGGUUUUCAAUGAGCACGACCGCUGGAGCCUAAUCUCUCUGUCCAAUAACAGGGGUAAAACUGUGGGGCUCAGGUUUGUAAGUUCUCUGCGACGCCAAUUUGAGUUCAGUGUGGACUCAUUCCAGAUUAUAUUGGACCGUAUGUUGGAAUCAUACUGGGAGACUGAGAGGAGGCAAAUGGGUCAGUGUGAGGGAUUGGAGUUACAGAAUGGAAACGUGUUACAUCCGGAUGUAGGGGCAGAGAAACCCACAAUGGAACCACUAUAUGCUUCUUCCUCUGAUAAUCUAAAAGAGAAUAAAGACAAAGACUCAAUGACACACUUGUCUGAAAGUUUGUGCCACAGUGGAGAGGUAAUUGUACAAGAGGAAGAGUCACUGCAUCUGAUGGAUGUGCAUGCAACUGAAAAACAAGAGCCACGGGAAGUUUUAGAGGUAGAGAGAGAAGAGCUCCACCUGGGAUCUUUGGAGAAUGAGGAAGAAGAGGGAGUAACCGUUGAUAUAGUACUCGAAAGGGUAGAGAAACCAAUGCCAUUUGUUCAGAAGACCGAUGAUCCCUCAGUUAAAUCAUCCGAAACACUGACAGACUUGAUGAAUCCUCUGGUGUCAAAUGUAUCUGUAAACCCUCAAUGUAGCACAGAGGAUUCAAAAGACAUCAAACCAUCCCCUUUGUUGCUCACAGAGAACUCCGUACUGCUGGAGGAAACACAACUUCAAGUGAUGGCUCAAUCUACAUCCCAAGUGUGCUCUGUGGUCACCCAAAACUUAAACCAUGAAAAUGUUUUCCCUCCCCCAGCCAAAAAAACCUGUAACACAUCCCAGGAAAUGGUUUCUGACUAUUGUCCCUCACCUAAACCACCACGGAAGAUGUCACGAAAGAUGAGCAGCAUCUCUUCACUCCCUGAAAAAUGGUCUUUGUUGAAAGAUUUAUCAGAUCUUACAACGCAGCUGUUUGAGCCUAUUGAAUUACUCUCAACACCACCACCAAAUCCCUCUCUUUUAGAUGCAGAUCAAGGCGCUGAUCAUUAUUCAACCUCCUCAGGGUCCAGACGAAGGAACUCAGAGGGAACUAAAGCCCUCACAGAUCACCUUACUCCAGCUGUGUCAUCCCAUGACAAACAUAUCUCACCCCACACAAUAGAACAAAUAGUCAGGGUGAAAUAUUCAAAAAAGCCUCCAGACUCAGAACCUACUCAGGAUCCAGUGUCCAUUCAAACCACAGUGGACAACGUCCCAGAGACGGAACCCGCUGCUGCUCAGGAACCAAGGCCACCAGAGACAAUGUCAGUGCUUCCAGGGGCGUUGGCAAGCUCAGCUCCAAAGGACAAGGCCGGCAUCACUGUGGUAGUGGAGUGCAUGUACGGGGAUUUUGACCAAGCCAUGGAUCAUCUACGCUUGCGACUCAUUGCCACCCAUAACCCAGAAGAGAUCAGAGGAGGUGGGCUUUUGAAGUAUAGUGAUCUUCUGGUUAGGAACUUCAGGCCAGCCAGCGAAACAGAGAUCAAAUCCCUAGAGCGCUACAUGUGCUCCCGCUUCUUUAUUGACUUUCCCGAUGUCAGCGAGCAGCAGCGAAAGAUCGAGGCCUACCUGCGCUGCCACUUUGUUGGCGACGAGGAGACGAGUAAGUAUGACUACCUGAUGACCCUGCGGCGAGUGAUAGAUGAGAGCACAGUGUGUCUGAUGGGACACGAGAGGAGGCAGACACUCAAUAUGAUCACUGUCCUAGCUCUGAGGGUGUUGGGGGAACAGAACGCCAUUCCCAACACGGCCAACGUCACCUGCUUCUACCAGCCUGCGCCGUACAUGGCCGACCCCAUUUUCAGCAGCUACUACAUUCCCCAGGCAGCGCAGCACCCCCUCGUUUACCACCCCUACCCUUUACAUGUCCACAUGCAGACUGGACUGGUGUAGCCCCGGCAUGUGAAGGGGGUAGAGCAUGCGGGCUGCUUUCUAUAGGGUUUUACUCCUGUAACCAGAGGCACAAAAAGGGAUUUUAACGCAGGCAGGUAUGGGCGCAAUUCAGUGCUUUGACAAGAUGCUGCCUAUGACGUGAGAGAUAGUGGACACAGAAUGGGGGAGGGUUGGAACUUUGUCUUUGGAUAAAGGCCAUCAUUGUUUCCAGAUGAAAAAUGUUUUAAAAUGGGAGAGAGAAUGGCUAAUUAUUCAGCUGAGGGAAAAUGUCAGAGAAAAAGGACAGUUUACGUGGUGGUUUGAGCUGCUGCAGCAGGGUGGUCAGAUUUAGUCUUCCUUGCCUUGCUGAGAUGGGGGACAGGGGACUUUACUGUCAAUUAAUGACAAUGUUGUUUAAAAUGACAGAAAUACUGUACGGAGGAAGCAGAUGGAAUGUUUCUGAUAUUCUCUGCUUAGGUAGAGUGGAGUCCAGUAAACUGCUGCAGUGGAUGAAGGUAAAAACACUUCAAAUUAUAAAGUCAAAGCAUCACCAAUAAAGACCAAAAUAACAACAGAAUGUGUACAAAUGAAACAGUAUCUGAAUGAGCCAAACUACUGUGCUGCAUUUUAGAGGGAACGUCAAUAUAUUAUCAGUGGUUGUUCUUAAUCAACUUUCUUGAAGUGAUCAUACUUGUGUUUAGCAUUGUAUUGUAACCUCACAAAUCUUGAUAUGACAUUAUCAGUUGUGCUUAAGUCUUGAGAAAAUGUGGAGUUCAUAUUGAUUUGUUAUUUGUUGUUUUGCAUCCUUGGUAAAUAUUUCAGUGUCAGUGAGUGACUACAGUAAAUGAUCAAGGCAAAAUCAGGGGUUGGUAAGUUGAAUGUGAAUUUCCAUGGUUUUAAGGAAUCACCCCUCAGUUUAGUAGGGUAGUAUUCAGAUGUAAUAGAGAUCCAAGUUACAACAGAAACAAAAUGACACAGCAAAUUUAGAUUUAGUGUCACGUUAUUUCUCAGUGUGCCAUUUCAUUAUAUAAGAUACACAAGAGGUACUUUCAAAGACCCACACCAUGUAUUUUAAGCACAGGCAUGACCAGGAGUUACUCUAGUAGGCAACUGAAGCACAAUGUAAACAUACGCAGACUUACUGUUAAUUAGUGGACUAUAAUUGUGUCAGAUGUAUUUGUGAUUCACCAAUUCUAAUAGAUUAAACGUAUAUGUAGCUGUGCAGUAAUCUGGUACUUUCCAUAUACCAUAGCUAGCUUGACUGUGAAAUGUAAUUCAGUGAUCUAUGUUGGAACUCUUUAAGUAGAAUUAUUGAGGCAUCUGAAUUUGUUCUGGAGCUACUUCAUAUAUUAGUGGAGAGAAACAUACAUUUUCAUGAUCUCUAUAUCCCCAUUCAUAUUCAAAUAUUUGCUCAAUUUGUAUUGUAAUUUUGAUAAUAAAACUCAUGCAUUUGAA